AAGAUGGCGCUCUGCUUGUACAACAUAGCAACAAAUAUUUUUGACAGGUGUUUUGCCGAUAUUAGUUAAUCGAAGCGGAUAGUUUUUUCAAUAUAUUCCCUCGAUCUACAGUUAGAUUCUGAUGCAACUUAAAAAAACACCAUGUCACAGAAAGUUCGCUGGGCAUGUGAUCUCGACAAAUCAGUUCUCCUUGGGAAUUUUGAAAAGCGAGGUUGGGUGCAAGCGUCCCCCGAUGAAGACUGGAAUUUCUAUUGGAGCAGCGUCCAGACAACACGUAAUAUUUUCAGUGUAGAGACAGGUUAUCGGCUUCAAGAUGAUCAAAUUAUCAACCAUUACCCAAAUCAUUAUGAACUGACACGGAAAGAUUUAAUGGUAAAAAAUAUCAAGAGAUAUCGUAAAGAUUUGGAAAAAGAAGGCAGUCCUCUAGCAGAGAAAGAUGAAACUGGAAAAUACAUCCACUUAGAUUUUCUUCCGGUAACAUUUUUACUGCCAGCUGACUACAAUUUAUUUGUGGAAGAAUUCCGAAAAAACCCAUCCAGUACAUGGAUAAUGAAACCUACUGGCAAAGCUAGAGGAAUCGGUAUAUUUCUUAUUAACAGGUUGUCUCAACUUAAGAAAUGGUCUAGAGACAGUCGAACAUCCACAUUUGCGGCACCCUCAGCCAAGGAUGCCUACGUCAUAUCCAAAUAUAUUGACAAUCCCUUACUUAUUGGAGGAAAGAAAUUUGACUUGAGAUUGUAUGUUCUUGUGACAUCAUACAGACCAUUAAAGUGCUAUAUAUAUAAAUUAGGUUUUUGUCGGUUUUGUACUGUGAAAUAUACUCCAAAUACAACUGAGUUGGACAAUAUGUUUGUACAUUUAACAAAUGUAUCCAUUCAAAAGCAUGGGGAAGAAUAUAACCCAAAUCACGGCGGCAAAUGGACAGUUCAUAAUCUUAAAAUUUAUCUUGAAGGAACACGAGGAAAAGAUGUAACUGACAAAUUAUUUGAUGAAAUGUAUUGGCAGAUAGUACACUCUCUCAAAGCAGUAUCUGGGGUUAUGGCAAAUGAUAGGCAUUGUUUUGAAUGUUAUGGAUAUGAUAUCAUUAUUGACGACAAUUUAAAACCGUGGCUGAUAGAGGUGAACGCGUCACCAUCGUUGACAUCCACCACAGCUAACGAUCGUAUUAUGAAAUACAAUCUUAUCAACGAUAUUCUCAACAUUGUGUGUCCCAAUGGAGAAAUACCAGAUAUGAGAUGGAAUAAAACUCCUCCCAAAGAAUGUUAUGGGCACUAUGACCUUCUGUAUGAUGAAGAAUUGGCACAGUCUGAAGUACUUGAACGUGAUUCUAAAAGUCGUAUUGGUAUUGCCACUAUGUCUUUAAGAUCUAGAGAUAGCAGACCAAGACAAACCACAACAUGGAAAUGA